AUGAGUCUGCAGAUCAUACAGGACGAAAACGUCACUAGUGACAAGACGAUCGAGAACUUCGACUUCCUGUUUUCACCACCAGAACUAACCGGAAGAUCAUCUGUCUUGCGGCUGUCGCAGAAAGAAAAUGUGCCACCCAAAAACAUGGCCAAAGCGAUGAAGGUCACUUUUCAGACACCGCUGCGGGAUCCUCAGACGCACAGGAUCCUAAGUCCUAACAUGACCAGCAAACUUGAGAGUCUUUUCCCUCUGGAUGAUGCGGUUGACUUGGAAACCUCCCUCUGCACCCAGACACAGAACAAUCAACAGUUCACCAGGGAGGUGGACACCACCACGCUCGCUGAUGGAGCUCUCCAGAUACCAGCAGCAGGCAAUGCGGACGAGUCGGUCACUCCCCAUGCUCCAGAAAGUCGUGAGAGCCCACCCGUGUCUCCAGCACAGACAACUGGCCACCCUGGGGAAGCCUCAGAGGAAAAGGAACAUUCUUCCCCUUCAGAUGAAAAUGUUGCGUUGGAGUCUGAAAACCUGGAAGACUUUGUAGGGACAGUGGCCAUGGACAAGACAGAGGCUGACCACGAAGCCACGGUGGGAGCCUCAGCCGGAGGAGACACUGCUGCCCCCAUUGAGCCCCCCUCACUCCCCACUACGAACCUCGAAGAUACACAUGGAGAUACCCCACCCCCAGAGUUGCCUGGCCCCCCAGUGACCUGCCCCGAGGACACAGGUGCUUCUCAUGAUGAAGAGCAGCAGCUGCCAUCUGACACUAUCGGUGACUCUGCGGACCCUGUGUCCCCAGAGCAGGCCCCAGGACCUCAGAACGAAGUGGGCCCCGGGCAGGUGGCCGACUCCACAGAGAGCCAGCCCAUCAGGCUUGAGUUUGACUUCUCUGACAGUGUAGCCUGCAGGAAGGCGCCUCCCCCAAGGAAACUGGGCAAGAGGCCUGGCACCAAGCCCCCCUCCAAGAACCGCAAGACUGGCCAGGCCCAGGGAGCCACUGGAGACAAUGAGCGCCCCGUCCCUGCUCCCCGGGGGUCGUACAGCCUGGACUGGGACAAGCUCGAUGACCCCAACUUCAAUCCAUUUGGAGGUGGCUCCAAGUGUGGUGCUGGAGAGGCCCCAGCCCCAGAAAGACCCAAGGCCCUGCCAGACUCCCCCGUGGACAGUUCACUUCCGCCCAGUCAGCAGGUGGGUUCAGCCUUGCCUGAUGGCACCCCUGAGGCCCAGGUCCCCACGGAGGCACCAAGAACGACUAGCAAGGGGGAAACAAGUUGCUCAUCAGAGGUGUCAGUCCCCAUAAACAUUCCAGCCCACGAGUGGGUGGCCACACCUGUGGAGCCAUCGCCAACCCUGGACCUCAGUAAGGAGACCUUCAGUGACCCUGCUGCAGUCCUAGGCACGGGGGCUGAGGUGGACUACCUGGAGCAGUUUGGAACGUCCUCGUUUAAGGAGUCCGCCUUGAGGAAGCAGUCCUUAUACCUCAAGUUUGACCCGCUCCUGAAAGACAGCCCCACCAGGCUGCUUCCUGUGGCCGCCGAGCAGGGCAGCCUUCAGACUGUGAAUACCCCUUCCUCAGGAAGUCUGCCAGAAGCUAAGCUGGUGGAGUUCGACUUCUUGGGGUCUCUGGAUGUCCCUGUUCCGAGCCCUACCCCUGGUGUCCUUGGUCCGGGGGGCCCACCCCUGCCUGUGGGCCGCAUCGUGGAUGUGCUGCAGUACAGCCAGAAGGACCUGGACGCUGCGGUGCGAGCCCUGCAAUUGGAAAACGUGGAGCUGAAGAGCAGGUGUGAGGAGCUUCACGCCCGAAACCAGGAGAUGGGGAAGAUCAUGGACGAGUUUGAGGGGAUUGCACGCCAGGUGACAGAGGAGGCUAAGAAGGAGAAGGAGCUUGCUGAAGCCAGGAUCCAGAAGGUUCUGAAAGAACGAGCUCAGCUCACUGCAGAUCUGGACUCCAUGGAGAAGUCCUUCUCUGACCUCUUCAAGCGGCUGGAGAAGCAGAAGGAGGUGAUCGAAGGCUACCACAAGAAUGAGGAGUCCCUGAAGAAGUGUGUUGAGGAUUACAUAGUGAGAAUUGAGAAGGAAAACCAGAGAUACCAGGCGCUCAAGGCCCAUGCGGAAGAGAAGCUCAAUCGAGCAAACGAGGAGAUCACGCAGGUGCGCAGCAAGGCGCAGGCGGAGGCACUGGCCUUCCAGGCAGGCCUGAGGAAGGAGCAGAUGCGUGUCCACUCGCUGGAGAAGACCAUUGAGCAGAAGACAAAAGAAAAUGAUGAGCUGACCAGAAUCUGUGACGAUUUGAUUUCAAAGAUGGAAAAGAUCUGA